GGCGGCAAGGUCGCGCGACGUAGUGGCGUACGGCCGCGUGCGCGCGCCAUGGAGAAGUACGAGAAGGUGGAGAAGGUGGGCGAGGGCACCUACGGCGUCGUUUACAAGGUGCGCAACGUGCGGACGAACAGCAUCCUCGCGCUGAAGAAGAUCCGCCUCGCGGACGAGGAGGAGGGCGUCCCCGCGACGGCGAUCCGCGAGAUCAGCCUCCUCAAGGAGCUGAGCCACCCGAACAUCGUCGCGCUCCACGACGUCGUCUACGUCAACUCGAAGCUCUUCCUCGCCUUCGAGUUCCUCGACCAGGACCUGAAGCACUACAUGGACGCGCGCGCGGGCCGAGGCCUCGACAUGAGCGUCUGCACGUCCUUCGUGUACCAGAUCCUCUGCGGCGUCGCGUUCUGCCACGAGCGCCGGGUCCUGCACCGCGACCUCAAGCCCCAGAACCUGCUGCUCGACAGCGCGGGCACGCUGAAGCUCGCGGACUUUGGCCUCGCGCGGGCGUUCUCGAGCCCGCGGCACGCGUACACGCACGAGGUCAUCACGCUCUGGUACCGCGCGCCGGAGAUCCUGCUCGGCGCGGAGCACUACUCGACGCCCGUGGACAUCUGGUCCAUCGGCUGCAUCUUCUGCGAGAUGGCGAGCAGCCGGCCGCUCUUCCCCGGCGACAGCGAGAUCGACGAGCUCUUCCGCAUCUUCCGCGUCUGCGGCACGCCGGGGGACCACGUCUGGCCGGGCGUGUCCCAGCUGCCCAACUACAAGGCCGAGUUCCCCAAGUGGCACGCGCAGCGCUGGGACUGCGCCGUCCCCGAGCUCGGCCCCGCGUCGCCGAGCGGCGGCGCGGAGGCGCUGGACCUCGUCGCCUGCCUCCUCACCUACGCGCCGUCGAAGCGCAUCACCUGCCGCAAGGCCCUCGACCACCCCUUUUUCCGGCCGCCGCGCCUCGACAAGCACCGCUUCGCGGCGUCGACGUCCGCGCUCGGCUGACGCCGCGGCGACCCCGGACCGACACCAAAAAAAAAACCUAUGUGGGAGCGCCGCGCCGCCGCCUCGACGGCAGGCGGACGCGCGCUCCGGAAAAAAACAACCGCGGACCGCCGCGGACCGGGCGCCGACGUGGACUCGGCGCCCCUCCCGUGUAUGUGCCUCGCUUUAAUAUUCGCUACG